UAGUUGUGCGGUGCCGUGUUGUUAAGACGUCUGACUAAUAAGUGAACGGAAUAAACACUAAAAUAAAGAAACAAAAAACUAAGAAAAUCAUUAACACAGAUUAAAUAAUAAUAGAAAUUUUCAUAUUCUUAUAAGGAAAUAAUGUGAGAGAAGUUUAAGUGCUGCGAUGAUAUAAAUACAAAAUACUAAAUAAUAGUAAUAAAUGUAACAAAUUAAAGCAAUUGAAAAAGAGGAAGAAAAAUAGAAGUGAUUUAAUAAUAAAAACCGCUAUGAAACAAAAUAAUAAAUGCUCCCACUACUACUACAACUAUAUCGCAGCAGACAUACAAACACAUGCUCCUCACAUACGCUCCUACAUACAGUAACUUAAUCAAAAACGCAUGCAAUCCAGCAAGCUAAAGUUUAUUUUUUUUAAUUCUACAACAACAAAUAUCUCGGUCGCGCUGAACGUAAACGUUUGACGGACGUCGCACUCGUAUCUUGUUUUUUGUAGUAAACGUCGUUGUUGGUUAAAAGAAGAAACCGUAAAAACGAGUCAUCAUUAUAAAUUUUUGUUUCUGUUUUUUUUGUUAAUUUUUUCGGUUUAAUUUUAUUGUUUAGUUAUUUUUGUGUGAGAUUUUUUUGUUUGUUGGUUGUGUAAAAGUGUCAUUGUGCAUUUAGUUUACUAGUAUAGUUUAAUAACAACAACAACUGCAACAACAGCAACAUUAACAUAAAGAACAAGAGUAGCAGCAGCAGUAGCAAAAGUAGCAGCAGCAACAAAGCAGAGUGCAGUGUCAUUCACGCGACAACAGACCUAUAAAGAAGAAAAAAUAAAAAUAAAAACAAAAUAAAAAAGAAGAAUCAGACAGGAAUUAAAAAAAACAACUACAACAACACACCAACAAAACUAAAAUAUAUAAUAACAGAAUAUUUUUUCUUCAAUGGUCUGUCGCAAAUAACAGUAUAAUUUAAUUAAAUUGAUAUUUCAAUUUGUUUUGUUGAGCUGUAAUUGCCAUAUGAACAAAAGCUGCUAGAAAGGUUUUCUCAUAUUAUUUUCUACUUUAUACAAUGUAAAUAAACAAUAAACAAAGGAUUUACAUGAUUUUCUUGAAAAAAAAAAAAAAAAACAACGACAACACCAGAAAAGGAAGAACUAUACAACACCAACAAUAUCAACAAUGUCUGUGUACAAAUCCUUACAACAAUAAUAAACAAAGAAAGCUUUUCAAACAGGAGAAGGAAGUAGACGAACCAAAAAUAUGCAGAUUAAAAUGGAGUUGGAAGCACAACUUAAUAAAAAGCAAUAAACAAAUAAUAACAACAAAAACAGCAACAACAACAAUAGCAAUAAGAGAACAAAAAAAUAAACACAUUUAAAAACGUAGAACAUUAUUACAAAUAUUGAGAAAUAAAAAAUAAAAGAACAACAGAAAUUUCAUAAUGUUACUGCGACAUAAAAAUAAUAAUCGUAAACAUAACAGUAGCAACAACAAUAAUAAGAAUAAAAAUAACAAUAAUAAAUUCAGCGAACAAGAAAUUGAAGAGAAAAUUUUAACAAAAAUCUAUAAUAUGCAAAAGGAACAACAGCUGCUGCAACAGCAACAACAACGAUAGCAUUAGAAAUUACAACAAAAAUAUUUUAUUUCCUGAUUGUUUCCUUCUUUACUUUUUUUCUUUAAAUUAAAAACGAACAAACAAAAAACAUUAAAAAUAAAACAAUAACAAUUUUUUUACGAUUAAUCCGAAAUAACAAAUUUAAUUGUGAACAAUAACAGCAACAAAAAGAAAAAAGAAAUAACAUAAAAACAACAUUAACAAAAUAAAAAAGGAAACAAAACGACUGACCAAAAUUAAAACAUUACUUUUAAAUUUUUUAUAAAAAUUUCAUUCAGAUCUACCAAAACCACGAAACAAUCACUGACAAACACAUCCAUUCAAAAUUACUCACAUACAAACAUAUAGAAAGCAAUAGAGGAAAAAAAACAAAAUAAUAAAACACAUUGACUCAUUCAUUUACUAACUCAAUCACAGUCAUUCACAGACACAUACACUACUACACAACCAAACAACAUACUUUAGCUAACAAAAAAUUAGCCAAAUUUGAUGUUAAAAGUGUCGGGUUGUUAGUUCGUUCGUUCGUUCAUUCAGUACGUAACAAGUGACGUACCACCACUCACUAUAUAGUCCACUGAAGUUCAUAGACAUGCAACUGAUUCUCAUCAACAUACGUAUAUAUUUAUCAUAGAGUAUAGCAACAACAACGACAACCAUACAACAACUUUCGCUAAAUGUUUGAGAACGCAACAAAUGAGAAAUGUGGUGAAUUUAACCAGCAUAAAACGAUAAAGAAUUUCAUUUAAUUUUGCAUGGAUGUAAGAGUGUAUGUUAAACUGGACAUGCGAUAACAAUAAUAACAACACCAGCAACACCACAACAGACAGCAGAAAGUAGAGGAAGAGUAGAAAGAAGAAUAAGAUACAUUAUUAGUAACAACAGCAUCAACACUCCUACCAAAACAAGCAACAAUAACAACGAUAAUAACAGCAGGAAUCUACACCCUAUAAAACCUUAAGAUUAAACCACAAUUUAAACAACAUCAUCAACAACACUAACAAUCAGCCUGUGUGUACCGCCUGCCUGCAUGUGUAUACUUCAUUUUUGUAUAAAUGUGUGUGUUUGAGAGAGAAAGCGAGUAAUCGUAAAGUAAACAACCCAACACCCUUUUUCGUCAUCAUCAUCAACAACAACAGCAACUAUCAUUUACUAAAGCAAUAUCAAGCCAGUCAGUUUGUCUGCUUGUCAACUGAGCAACAAACCAGCCAACCAGUCAGCCGGGCAGUCAAGCAAACAACAAUUCAGCAAAAGUAAUCGUCAGUCUUCGUGUAUUCAACAACAUCAUUUUAACGCCAACAAUUAUUCAUUGUUUGUUCGUUUGUUUGUAUGUAUGGGUGUGUAUGCAAGGAUACAAAAAGUUGGAUACGCUUCAUAAACAAUUACACAAACACACACACUUAACCUCACUCUCACCCACUUACGCAGGCAUACGUACGCAUACAACAUCAACAAACACAUGCACCACGCACACUUACAACUACUAGAAUACACUCAACAAUUUCAUCAUUAACAAACAUCGCACAACAACGAAUAACGAAAUCGACAACUACAACUAUUACAACAAGAAUUAUACAAAAAUAAAAAAACCAACAUUUAUUUUAUUUUGUUUUGUUUUUUCGUCUAUCUGUCUGUCUGACUGCCUGCUGAUUCACACUUUCUCCCCAUCUCUUGCUGAUUAUUGCAACUUUAUUAUCGCCAUCGUUGUUGUCGUCAUCAUCAACAACUACGACAACAACUAAAACAAACGAACAUUUAACUCGCCAACGAUAAACGCAAUUGCCAUUUCACCCUCGUCCUGGCCAACGUCGUCAUCAUCAUCAUCAACAACAACACAAUAAAAACAACAACAUUGUUUCGUUAAGGCUUAAAUGAAUUUAUUUUGUUGCUGCUGCUGUAACAUGGCACCAAAUACACGCGUCACACGCAAAUGGGAACUAUUUGCCGGACGUAAUAAAUUUUAUUGUGAUGGCUUGUUAAUGUCUGCUCCUCAUACGGGAGUAUUUUAUUUAACGUGUAUUCUUAUAACGGGCACAAGUGCGUUAUUUUUUGCAUUUGAUUGUCCUUUUUUGGCCACACGUAUCAAUCCCAUUAUACCAAUUGUUGGUGCUAUUUUAUACUUUUUUACCAUGAGUUCCUUGCUACGCACGACCUUCACAGAUCCUGGUGUUAUACCACGUGCCUCAUAUGAUGAGGCCGCCUACAUAGAAAAACAAAUUGAAGUGCCAAAUUCUUUAAAUAGCCCCACAUAUCGACCGCCACCACGUACAAAAGAAGUCCUUGUUAAAGGUCAAACAGUAAAACUGAAAUAUUGUUUUACUUGUAAAAUUUUUAGGCCACCCAGAGCAUCACAUUGUAGUUUGUGUGACAAUUGUGUGGAUCGUUUUGAUCAUCACUGUCCAUGGGUUGGAAAUUGUGUGGGCAAACGUAAUUAUCGCUUCUUUUAUUUGUUUCUAGUCUCUUUGGCUUUUUUAGCUGUAUUCAUAUUUUCAUGCUCUGUGACGCAUUUAGUAUUAUUAAUGAAAACUGAACAGGAAGUAUUUGAAGUUAUAAAGAAGGCGCCAUUCACCGUGGUUGUAGUGUUUAUAUGUUUCUUUUCCAUCUGGUCUGUGAUCGGUUUAGCGGGAUUUCAUACAUAUUUAACUACCAGCGAUCAAACAACAAAUGAAGAUCUCAAAGGUUCAUUUUCUUCCAAAGGUGGACAACGUAAUUUAAAUCCAUAUUCUAGAGGGAAUAUAUGUUUAAAUUGUUGUCAUAUAUUAUGUGGACCCAUGACACCUUCCUUAAUAGAUCGACGUGGUAUUGCUACGGAAGAAUACAUUUUUCAAAUGCAACAACAUUCAAGUCCUCGUCAUCCUCUUAGUGAUGUGAUAAGUGCCACUCAUGUGGGAAGUGGUGCCAUGAUUACCUCUCAGCCUAUUAUAACAGGAGCCGGCGGUGGCAUUAGUAUAGGUGGCUCCGAUUUAAAAUCUAGAUACUAUGAUGAGUCCAAUACCUCAUCAUCGGCCAUGGAUGCUAGUGCUACGGCUGGCGGCGUUUACAGGCCGCGCAGCUAUGACAAUUUACAAAAUGGUAAGUCACGCAAAAAACACCAUCAUAAAAAACAAAAACAUCAACAUCAAAAAUGUUCACUACAAACACUUUUACCACCUGCUCAUCAAUUUAAUAAUAAAUAUCAAAAACAACAAGAGCUUCAGUUACACCCUGAACAAAUGUCAACAACACCAAGUGCAUUAGCCACACCCUCGUUGGUGCACUCGCCAGCUGCCUCGACGUAUAGACUAAAUCUAAAGCGUUCACUACACUUACCUCUUUCACCGUCGUUCGAUACGCGCAACUCGCCACUUCCGCUGUUGCAUCACCAUCAUCCCUCUCAUCAUCAGCUCCAUCAACAGCAGACGGCCUCAUUAAUGGGCUCGUCUUCAGCUCUGCCUGCCAUAACGCCUGUGUCGGCGACAGGCGUUUCUUUGCAACAACCAAAACGUCCUUCUACACUGCAAUUGCAAGCCUCUGCAGCACCCACGGCCAGUACCACAACACUGACGACCAUGCAGACCUCAGGCCCGCCUCAACCGCCUGCCCCCGACUACAAAUACUAUUCGCCGCAACACAGUUCGAAUAGCUCGAACAUUUUCCUCAGCUAUCCCUUUAACAAGGGGCGUGGCAUGCGUCGUCAGUCUACGCAAUCGGUCGACUCACAAAAGGUCACCCUUCCCGGUUAUCAACCCCUGCCCAUGCGCCCUCGUUACAAACAUCAGGAGGUCCUGUUCGAACUGAAAUCGCCCACGAACCGGCUGACCAUUCGCGAAUGUGACUUUGGUGGUGGCGGUGAGCCAUGCGAUGACGAUCAAUCGAUCAAAGACAGUCAAAUAUUUCGUGUUAGUAAACGAAAUCUUUAUAUGAAUCAUCGAUCACCAUGGAAAGAGCGUGAUCGUUAUUCAAAUCUUUAUGAAUAUUCAUUCAAUAUUGAUCUUAAUUCAAUUAUAGAAGAUGCAGCAGGUAGCGAUUCGUCAUAGUACGAAAUCCAUAACUACUAUUCUGGGUCUAAUGAAAAUAGUUCUUCUACAUCUUCUAUCUCUGUUGUUAUUAUUAUUGCUGUUGCCUUUGUUAUAAAUUUUAAAUUUCAAAUUAAAACCUAAACUCUAAAAACAAAUCGAAUUUGAUAAACAAUUCGUUAUUGAAAUGCCAAAAAUUAAUCAGAAGAGGAAUAGAGUUUACGAAAUGGCGAAAUGGAAAAAAAAACUAUAUUAUGGAGAAUCAUUUAAACAAAUAGUUAGGAAUUAAUUGUUUGUGUUCAUAAUAUUUUAAAUAUCUAAAGAAAAUAUUUAUAAAAUUAUUUAUACUAUUCAACUAAAUAAUUAUGUAUCUAAUGAAAUAAGACUGCAAGAAAACUAAUUUGAAAUUUCUAAAAACUUUCCAAAUUAAGAAGUAAAUCUUCAACUUAAAAGCAGCGAUUUCUAAAAUAUAUUAUUUCAAAAUAUUGCUAAAUAUUUUAGAAACUAAAAUUCGAUAUUGUAUGUAACUACUAAUUCAUCCCAUUUUGCUUAAAUAAACCACAUUCCUUUGUAUUGGCUGAAAAUUGAAAAACAGGGCUAAAAUUGAUGUUCUAAAAUAGUUUGAUCCUAUUACGUCAGUAUUGCUUGAAUAAACUUAAAGAUUAUAGAAUAUUUGAAAACCAAUCAAUAUCAAACUGCUGCUACUUAAUGAAUUCAAUUAACAAUCGACAAUGAAAUAUUAAAUUAAGUUUUAAUUUACAAAAUAGUUUUUUUUUAUAUUUUUAAAAACAAUAUAGUUUAGUUUAAUAUUAUGAUUCUGAUAAAGAUUUGAAUUCAUUACAUAGCAGUUGGUGUGACACUGGAGUGAUUUUUAUUUCACAGUUUUAUGAAACUUUUUCUGGAAAAGCAAGUUUUAAUAUUUUUAUACCUUAUACAUAAAUAAAUAUGUAUGUAUGUAUGUAUUUAAAACUCGAAUUCUUUUUAUGCCUCAAGUAUGAAAAAUUUAUU